UUCCACGGUCAGACCACAUCCUUUGUACAUGUAAAGCUGAGCAUCACAGUGAGUUUCAGUGCAUUCAGCGUCUGAUCAAAGAGGGAAAAAGAAGAAAUGUCCUGCCUGAAGAAUUUAAGUCUUCUCAUCACAUGUGUGCUCCUCUUCAUCAUCCAGCCAGGUCGUGGUUCUGAGAUUAUUAAUGGGAAAGAAGUCAAGCUGUACUCACUGCCUUUCAUGGCUUAUGUGAGAAGUGUGACUAAAUCUUUCUGUGGAGGGACAUUAAUCCAUCCACAGUGGGUGCUGACAGCUGCCCACUGCACUGGGAGUUAUUGGGUGAUGCUGGGAGCCCACUCCAGAACGAACAACGAACAUUCCAAGCAACUCCGAGUCGUUGAGAAAAGUUUUCCUCAUCCUGACUACUGUUGUGCAAAGCACGACAAUGACCUCAUGUUGCUGAAGCUUAAAGAACCGGUGUUGAAAACCAGGGCAGUGCAGUGGCUCGAGUUUGGCGACACUGUGAGAGACCCGGCAGCUGGCAGCACGUGUCUGGUGGCUGGAUGGGGAGUAACUGAAAACAACCGAACAUCAGACGUCCUCAUGUCUGUCAAUGUGACUGUGGUGGACAGACAGACGUGCAACUCUUGUGAUUAUUACAACCACAGACCUGAGAUCACCAGAGACAUGAUAUGUGCUGGUUCAGAUGGUACAAACGUCGCUGAUACCUGUCAGGGGGAUUCAGGAGGGCCGCUGUUGUGUGAUGGAGCGCUGGUUGGAGUCACUUCUUUUGGAGCGGGUUGUGGUGUCAUUAAAAAACCUGGAGUCUACUCGUUUGUCUCAGAGAGACAGCUGUCCUGGAUCAAAACUACGAUGAAUUAUUUCUAAAUGUGUGAAACCACAGACAUCAGGCUGCAUGAUUUGAUGUUAUAUCUGUCAGUGUUGUCUCUGUAGACCAUUAUUCAGUUUAUCAUUUUACCGUUCCUCUUACAGUUUAUGAUAAUUUAGUUUCUGCCAGCUUGCUAUACUUUUUUUUCAUAGGUUCUGCACUUGGCUAGUCCACCACAUGAACCACACUUUAGGCCUACUGUGAACAAAAUUGGAAACACUGUUUGAAAAUUUACCAUCUUUCACCACACAAACCAGACAGAUACAUGGUUAUAUCUAAUCAUCAUUUUUCCAAAUAAAUUAAAGAUCUCCCAAACAGGAGUGCUCCUGGUUGUUGCAGAUGAGUGCGGCUGCAGUAAAACCAGGGAUUAGCAAUUUUUAUGUACACACAAAAGCCAUAAAUGUCAAAUAAAACAGAGAGAUUAUUCAGACUGUCAAACAGACAGAUUCAACAGCUCAUAUAAAACCAACUGAAACUGAAAAUGAGGCCUGUGGACAGGAUUGUUGAAAAAGACAAAAAAAACUUGUUUUCUUCAUUUCCCAUUACGACUCUGUUGCUUGAAAACCAAAAAAACAAACAUAUUUUUCGACUUGCUGCUUUUUCUACUUUCUAAUAAAGCUGGAGGCAUGAAUAAA